AUGAGAGGGCAAUUAUCGUUGGACGUCUACGAAUGCACCCGAGUACUUCUUCCGCUGUCUAUGGUGACCGUACCGGUUAGCUACAGGCAUUGUACGCCGUUCACCGAAACAAAGAGCCAUCAUCACGCAUGGCUUGACAGCGGAUCGGAGUCCGAAGAGAUUCUCAAAUCUCAACGUUUGAGUGACACUGCUGCUGAGGACAACUUGAGCCAAAAUCAUGUGCUGAGAUCGACGUUCGGUCAUCAAUUUGCUCCAUGUGCUGUGCUCGAGUGUCGUGGUGAUACGCGUUGCACAUCUGCAUCCAAAUUCUCUCGGGAUUUCAAAGAAGCCCCUGAAGGCGUGCAGGACGCCAGCGAUAUCGGUUGUCUUCCGGUACGCCGGGACAUGUUCAACCUGGUGAUCACUGCAACGUGCCACUGGUUCAGCAAUUGCACGAUCGGUUCGAAGCAAGAGGUCUUUGGGGGGCAGGUGAAAUCGAGAACCAUUUUGACGUCCCGGCAGCUGGGCCGAAGGCAUGUGGUCGCUGGUAACCCCAACUCCAACCCACCUCUUGCUUCCGGGUUGGUGGUCUUGGUCGGGGCCCGAUAUUGUCGGCGAAUGAGAGGUUGA